AUGAAUAUAGGAUUAACAAUAAGAAAAAAAGAACAGUUGGAGGAAAGGGGAGUCUCUUUUAAGCUGUCGUGUUGCCAAAUUGAUUCUUGUUGGAAAUGAUGAUGGGACAAAGGACAUUGAGAGGAUCCCUUGAAGAAGUAGGACUACUAGGGUUUCGAUUUAGACUUGCUUCUGGUAUUGCUGCUUGUGGAGGCGGGAAACUCUCUCUCAUGUUGUUUUGACUGAAACCAUUAAUAAAGUUCAGGGAAGCGAAAGAACAGGAAAUUCAGAUUCUUUUUGGGGCUUUAUAGCUGUUCAGUUGUUACUGAAAGCAGUAGGAGUAGUUCAACUUAUGGACUAGUGGUACUCAAUUGAUUUUAAAUGAAGUGUUGUUCUCAGAGAUGAAAGAUUGGAUUUUUUUUAGAUUGUGCUGUUCUGAAGUGUCACGACUACUUUUAUGUUGAUAGGCUAGAAUUUUGGCUAAUUGAUGCGUCUUCACUUAUAAGAUCAGUGAAAUUUAUUUCCUUCACUCUGGUUGUUUCAAAAGCUUAUUGAGCUACCUCUAUCAUCAGUAGAAAAAGCAUGAACUCUCCAUCUACACAGUUUGUCUCCUCAGGAAGGAUGGGUAUGUAUGACCCUAUCCACCAGAUUGGCAUGUGGGGAGAAAACUUUAAGAGUAAUGGAAUUUCAAAUGCAUCCACAUCAAUGUUUAUAGCUGGCAAUCCAAAUUCAUCUCAACCAAUAUUAAUAGCAGCAGAUACAAAGCUAGACAAUCAGUCAGAAGAUACUUCACAUGGUACUCUUGGGCCUUCUAGCAAAUAUGAUCAAGAAGCAAGCAAACCCAUUGAUAAGGUAAAAAGACGUCUUGCACAGAACCGUGAGGCUGCUCGUAAAAGCCGUUUAAGGAAAAAGGCUUAUGUUCAGCAGUUAGAAUCAAGCCGUUUAAAGCUGUUUCAGUUGGAGCAGGAGCUUGAAAGGGCUAGACAUCAGGGUCUAUAUAUAGGCGGGGUAGAAACUAGUCAUAUGGGGUUUGCUGGGCCAAUAAACUCAGGUAUUGCCACUUUUGAGAUGGAGUACGGACACUGGUUGGAAGAACAAAAUAAAAACAUUUGCGAUUUAAGGACUGCUUUAAAUGCUCAUAUAAGUGAUUUUGAGCUUCGCAUACUUGUAGAUACUGGCAUAAACCACUAUUCUGAACUUUUUCGCAUGAAAGCAACUGCUGCAAAGGCUGAUGUUUUCUAUCUGAUGUCUGGAAUGUGGAAAUCAUCAGCGGAACGGUUUUUCUUGUGGAUAGGAGGAUUUCGCCCUUCGGAGCUUCUUAAGGUUCUCAAGCCUCAGCUUGAGCCCUUGACAGACCAACAACUUUUGGACGUCUGUAACCUUAAACAAUCAUGCCAGCAGGCAGAAGAUGCUCUUUCACAAGGAAUGGAAAAACUCCAGCAAACUCUUGCCGAGACUGUAGCAGCUGGUCGACUGGGUGAAGCAAGUCAUAUGCCACAGAUGGAUACUGCAAUGGAGAAGUUGGAGGGUUUGGUACGCUUUGUGCAGCAGGCUGAUCAUCUUCGCCAGAUAACUCUGCAGCAGAUGUCAAUAAUCUUAACAACACGUCAAGCAGCUCGAGGUCUGCUUGCCUUGGGGGAGUACUUCCAACGACUACGAGCUUUGAGCACACUUUGGGUGACUCGUCCUCGUGAGCCUGCCUAGUAUUGCAAUACAGGGACCCUAGCAAGUGAAAAUCUCAUGGAGACAGAGAUAAAAGUCAUCAACAGAGCCAUGCACUGGCAACCCAAGGUGUGCCUUUUGGUAAUGAUGUUGUAAACCUAUAUAGACAUAAUUCAAACUGCUGACAUUUUUCAAGCAGCCUUCCACAAUUGAUAAGUUGUAAAUGUAAGUAGCCAUUUUAUCAAAGAGCAAGUUCUUAGUUAAAUCAAAUUUCAUUGCCUGUUGUAUGCUGUAAUGUUUUCAAAGGAUAUAUGUUCUUCACUUGGUCUACAAACUGGACCUUUGCCAUGUAAAAAUUUUUGCAGACUUUUCUCCUGUAUUUUGAUUCUGUUAUAUACAUAAAGGUGGUGAUUGAUUGUUGGAUAUGUA